AUGGUGGCGGCGCCGUGCGCCCGGAGGCUGGCCCGGCGCUCGCACUCGGCGCUGCUCGCGGCGCUCACGGUGCUGCUGCUGCAGACGCUGGUCGUGUGGAAUUUCAGCAGCCUCGACUCCGGGGCCGGCGAGCGCCGCGGGGGCGCAGCGGCCGGCGGCCACGAGCAGCCGCCCCCGGCCCCGGCCCCGCGCCGCGAGCGCCGGGACCUGCCCGCCGAGCCGGCUGCAGCCCGGGGAGGAGGAGGCGGCGGCGGCGGCGGCGGAGGAGGAGGAGGACGAGGAGGAGGACGGGGGCCCCCGGCGCGGGCGCGGGGAGGCGGCCCCGGAGAAGCCCGCGCGCAGCAGCCGGCCAGCCGCGGGGCGCUGCCCGGCCGGGCGCAGCCGGACCCGCACCCGAGCCCCCUGAUCGCCCUGGGGACCCAGGACGGCUACUUCUCUCACCGGCCCAAGGAGAAAGUGCGGACCGAUAGCAACAACGAGAACUCAGUGCCCAAGGACUUUGAGAACGUGGACAACAGCAACUUCGCGCCCAGGACCCAGCAGCGGAAGCACCAGCCGGAGUCGGCCAAGAAGCCCCCGGGUCGGCAGAAGGAGCGUUUGCAGAGGAAGCUGGAGCCCCAGGAGAAGGGACAGGGGCAGGGACGUCCCUUCCUGGGGAAAGGCCCCAAGGAGGCCCUGCCUCCCCGGGAGAGCGCUGCGGCCAACAGCAGCCGAGGGAAGGACCCCCCCAGACCCCCCCACGCCCGGAGGGGCGGAGGCAGCUCCCGGGAGACCCAGGACGACCGGCCCCCGAGGUGCGACAUCUCGGGCAAGGAGGCCAUCUCGGCCCUGUCCCGCUCCAAGUCCAGGCACUGCCGCCAGGAGAUCGGGGAGACCUACUGCCAGCACAAGCUGGGGCUGCUGAUGCCCGAGAGGGUGACGCGGCUCUGCCCCCUGGAGGGCAAAGCCACCAAGAACGUUCAGUGGGACGAAGACUCCGUGGAGUACCUGCCAGCCAACCCCGUCAGGAUCGCCUUCGUCCUGGUGGUCCACGGCCGAGCCUCCCGGCAGCUGCAGCGCAUGUUCAAGGCCAUCUACCACAAGGACCACUUCUACUACAUCCACGUGGAUAAGCGCUCUAACUACCUGCACCGGCAAGUGCUGCAGUUCGCCGGGCAGUACGGCAACGUCCGCGUCACCCCCUGGAGGAUGGCCACCAUCUGGGGCGGAGCCAGCCUCCUGGCCACCUACCUGCAGAGCAUGCGGGACCUGCUGGAGAUGACCGACUGGCCCUGGGACUUCUUCAUCAACCUCAGCGCGGCCGACUACCCCAUCAGGACGAAUGACCAGUUGGUGGCAUUUCUCUCCCGGUACCGAGACAUGAAYUUCCUGAAGUCACAUGGCCGGGACAAUGCAAGGUUCAUCCGGAAACAAGGCCUGGACCGGCUCUUCCUGGAGUGCGACGCGCACAUGUGGCGCCUGGGGGAUCGCAGGAUCCCCGAGGGCAUCUCGGUGGACGGCGGCUCCGAUUGGUUCCUGCUGAACCGGAAGUUUGUGGAGUACGUGACAUUCUCCAGGGACGAUCUGGUGACCAAGAUGAAACAGUUCUAUGCCUACACGCUGCUUCCCGCGGAGUCCUUCUUCCACACGGUCCUGGAGAACAGCCCUCACUGCGACACCAUGGUGGACAACAACCUGCGGGUCACCAACUGGAACCGCAAGCUGGGCUGCAAGUGCCAGUACAAGCACAUUGUGGACUGGUGCGGCUGCUCCCCCAACGACUUCAAGCCCCAGGACUUCCACCGCUUCCAGCAGACGGCGCGGCCCACCUUCUUUGCGCGCAAGUUCGAGGCGGUGGUGAACCAGGAGAUCAUCGGGCAGCUGGACUACUACCUGUACGGGAACUACCCGGCGGGCACCCCGGGCCUGCGCGCCUACUGGGAGAACGUGUACGAGGAGCCCGACGGCGUCCACAGCCUGAGCGACGUGGCGCUGUCGCUGUACCACGCCUUCGCCCGCCUGGGGCUGCGCAGGGCGGAGGCCUCGCUGCACACGGACGGCGAGAACAGCUGCCGGUACUACCCAAUGGGCCACCCAGCAUCUGUCCACCUCUACUUCCUCGCUGACCGCUUCCAGGGCUUUCUGGUCAAGCACCAUGCUACCAAUCUGGCUGUGAGCAAACUUGAGACCCUGGAGACGUGGGUGAUGCCAAAGAAAGUCUUCAAGAUUGCAAGCCCCCCCAGCGACUUCGGGAGGCUGCAGUUCUCUGAGGUCGGCACCGACUGGGACGCCAAGGAGCGGCUGUUCCGCAACUUCGGGAGUCUCCUGGGGCCCAUGGACGAGCCAGUGGGAAUGCAGAAGUGGGGGAAGGGGCCCAACGUGACYGUGACCGUCAUCUGGGUGGAUCCUGUCAAUGUCAUCGCAGCCACCUACGACAUCCUGAUUGAGUCCACCGCCGAGUUCACCCACUACAAGCCCCCUUUGAACUUGCCCCUGAGGCCCGGGGUCUGGACAGUGAAAAUUCUCCACCACUGGGUGCCGGUUGCAGAAACCAAAUUCCUUGUUGCACCUCUGACCUUCUCAAACAGGCAGCCCAUCAAACCAGAGGAGGCGCUGAAGCUGCACAACGGACCCCCCCGCAGUGCCUACAUGGAGCAGAGCUUCCAGAGCCUGAACCCCGUCCUCAGCCUGCCCAUCAGCCCCGCCCAGGUCGAGCAGGCUGCCCGCCACGCCGCCUCCACGGGCGCAGCGCUGGAGGGCUGGCUGGACUCGCUGGUGGGCGGCAUGUGGACCACCAUGGACGUCUGCGCCACGGGCCCCACCGCCUGCCCCGUCAUGCAGACCUGCAGCCAGACAGCCUGGAGCUCCUUCAGCCCCGACCCCAAGUCAGAGCUGGGGGCCGUCAAACCCGACGGCCGGCUGAGGUAGCACUGGCCACGGGAGGGCCACCGCGUGAUCUCCACGGGAAGGCAGCCGGAGGGCUGGUGCAGCGGGACCCCGGCCUCCCACCCUGGGGUGCCCCUUGUGCCCGGGGCUCUCCUGGCCAUCGGACAGAGGAGGCGAAGGGUCUGGAGGUCAGAGCAGAGCCAACCUGCACCUGGCGAGCUGGCUUCUGGGGCUGGCACCAGGGUGGUCUCACCUCUGCUGGCGGGUCCCCCAAGUUCUGCAGGUCCCUCUCCUUCCCGUCCUGUGACCUGCACUCAUCCUGCACAAGUGAUCUCACACUUUUAUUUUGAGCAGCAGAACUGGAUUGACUUGGUAGGUGGAAGUUCAGGCGCAGAGGAAAUCCAGGCUGUGCCCCUGGGAAGCCSAGGGGUGAGGCCCCCUCCCCAGGCUCAGCCCGCCAGGCUAGCCCUGUGCCCAGGACAUCUUUCAAGGUCCCUCUUCCAAACCCAAGGGCUCUGCAAAACCCAGUUYGACAAGCACUGCCCAGAGGGAGGUCUGGCCUCCUGCUGCCCUCUGCUUAGCUUUCUGCUCCUUCGUCUGGGAGUGCCCCGGGCCAGCUCUGAUGUGGCCAGUCACCGAGGUCACAGUCUCAGGCCUUUCCAAGGGAGAUGGGCUCGGCAUGAGCUGUUCUCCCUGAUCAAUAGAGAAGCAGGAAAGCCUGUGGAUGGGACCUGGCCAAGAAGUGCGACUGCCCAGUGGCCAUGAGUCUAGGCCACCCUCCAUGGAGGCGGCCGCCCAGGGUCGUGGGGGUGGAAUGAGGUUGGCGAGCACGAGCCUCGAGUCCUAGCCGUUGGUUUUUGGGAGACGGAGACCGUGACCUCUUAGGCUCUUCAACCUGGGAAUGGUGGGGACGGUGGCCAGGGAAGUCACGAGGCGCUGCCUGGGYAGGUCUCCCGAGCUGGGCAGCAAAGCAAUACCCACCCCCUACCUGCCACGGCCCUUCCGUUCCGAGGUCAGGCGCCCAACCCUUUGUGAAUCGCACACCUGGUGCUGCGUGCGGGUGGCGGGACCAGAGRCACGGACCAGGCUCCUCGCAGGGAAGAGCAUCUCCGAGUCGCCGAGGAACCCCAUGUCCCCCCUCGYCCACGCCACCGCCGACAGGCCCAUCUGGGAAGGCUGAGUCUCGAAAGCGGGAAGGUGGUCCCAAGGUUCAAAAAUAGUGUGAUUCGAAUUGCUUGAGUGACCAGAGACUCGAAGGGUCUCCUUGCCAUGUGCCCUCUAGAGGACACCCCCCGACAUAGCUCCCUGGGGGYCCCCCAAGGCCCCUCUUCUUCCUCAAAUCCCACCUCUCCUGAGUGACAGGGUGCCCUGGGAGCAGACGCUCCCGUGGGUCCCCCGGGGAGCUGGUGUGGGCACCUGCCCUGGCCUAGGCUAGCGGGUUCUGCGGUUCACCUGGGCGACCGACCUCCUGMGACAUGGCCCCUACCCCCCCAGCGAGGCAGGACACGGAGGACACGGAGAAGGGACACUAGGUAUUUAUGAUUUGUGUGUUUCCAUCCGUGACUGGUCAGCAGUGCUGUGGGUCACAGCCUGUCCACGUUGUCCUCCUGAUGGAAGCCGCCUUUCUUUCAUGAAAGGCCCCCUCCCUCCCGGCCACCCCCUAGUCUGUCUGUCUGUCUGUCCCUCUCUCCGUUUCUAUCUUUCUGGGUCUGCUGACAUCCUCCCUGUCCUCAGRGUAAAGCAGGGGCCUUGGACACUAGGAGAGAGCUUCAGACGGUGUUGUCCCCUGGCAGCGGGUGGGAGCCCUGGGGACGACCGGCGUCUGGCUUUCCCCUGUUAAGGUGUUCGCUCCAUUCCCCUGCCCUUAGCACAGAGUAGUGACAGCUGCAGGACGGGCAGUGGGCGUGCUGGCCUCGAUGUGAACAGGCUUCUCGGCAGGGGGACGGGUGUGGUCAGCCCCAGCCAGGAGAGUCCAGAGAAAGACGGCUGUGGUCCCAGGUGGCUCUGGGAACCGAGCCUCUUUCUCAGAAAGCCUGGAGGGUCCCUAGAUGGUUUCAUCCAGUCCCAGGGGACCACGGGGCCAGUGACCGGGCCUCUUUCUGUCCCCAGCCUCUGCCUCAGGCCGGUGUGUUCCUGGAGCUGGGAAGCUCUCCUCCCGCUCCUYGCUGAGCUGCCAGGACUCUCUUCUGCAGUAUUAUUAUUGGUGGCUUUAGGGACGCAGCCCCAGCAGGCCCCGGUACACAGAGCAGGCGACAAACUCCAGCACCCGGCCCCUCCUGACCCUCUGACAUUUCCRACUCUCCAUCCUGGACGCCUGGAGGCCUGGCCGCCACUGGCCUGCUCUGGGGACCUCCCCAAGGCUUCCCUCCCCACUCGCUGCAACUGAUUUUGGGGGCUGAGAAGUCACACGGGGUGUUCUUUUGUCUCCGCUGUUUGGGGAUCAUGAGAGGAAUGUUGCAGCUGUCACAUUUGAUUAAAAAAAAAAAAAUUCCAAACAAAGCCUAGUGCAGUUUGCCAGGAGGAGAUGUUUUCCCAGGGAGGAAAACAGUGUCGGUUCCUGUUGUUGUUGUUGUUGUUGUUGUUGUUGGGUUGAUAACCUGCCCGACAACGGUUUCUUUGUCUGAGGCCCCUGGCCAGGCAGCUUGGAGGCUGUCUGAAGAUUUCAAGGGCUUGGAGCAGGGGUCUCUGGGGACUCUGAAAACUCUGGAAGGUGAGACUUGGGUGUCAGCCAUGAGGCAGGGGAGAGAUGGUGGAUCGGAGCUGUCUGUGCCAGCAGCACGCACCAGCACACUGGGGCAGGGAGAGUCCCGAGGCAGCCGGCUUCCCGAAUCCCACCUCCCAGGGGCCUUGCAUGGACCAGAAAGCCUCCCAGGAGGAGGUGAGCCACUCCUUGUUCCCUUUAGAAAUCAGCCUCCCUGGUGGGCUCAGGAACCCUGGCUCCGUUCUCCUGGUCCAUUUCGAAAUCCAAAAGGAGCUUAGAGAAGAUGAGCCACACCACCCAGCAACGCACCCCCUAGGGUCAGGUUUCUGCCACCCUGGGCACCUGCUGGGCAUGUGGUUCUCUAGUCUGCCAUUCAGGAGGGCACUGGUGGACCUCGACCUCUCCAUCAGGAAGGUCCAGAGUAGGUUGGAGCAGGAGCCACCAGAUGAGGGGCAUGAGAAAAGCCCCUUGCACAAACAGCUUCACGGGGGGGAGGGGUCUGGGCCACCAGGUCCCUGGCAGCAUCUCGAGGCGGGGUGGGUGUCCUGGAAACCGCCGUGAAGGGGUCCAGCUUUGAGCGUGCCCAGGUGGCUUUCCAGAGCACAGGCCCACCCUGCGGUAGGGUCGCAGACGCUUCCUGAGGUCCAGGACAGGGACAGAGAUGAGUGAGACCUCGGAGGUGAGUCCCAGGCCGUGGUGAGGGCAGGGUCUGUCACGCAUGUGGCCCAUCCAGCUGCAAGAAAAGCUCCGUGUGGCGGAAUUUUCCAGUUUGGUUCAGGGAAACCAGAAAUCGAGAUUUUUCUGAGAAAAUCUGAUUUUUCAAUGUCGGCUGUUUUGUUUUGUUUUUUAAACCGAGUGUGAGUCAAAAAAAUAAUGAUAAUAAUAAUUCCAUCCUUCCAAUUGUGCACUAGCAGCCAUCCCUGCUCUCUGGGAAGUGGCUCCAUGAGGUGAACACUUCCCGCUGGAAGAGGGGGAAAGAGCUAGCACUGGAGAAAGGCCGUCGCUGGGGCUGAAUUCUGAAGGGCACGGGGACCCGUGGCUGCUCUGUCCCCUCCUAAACAGACGGUCCCACAGAGGAGGGCUGGCGGUUCAGCAAUCCUGGUCCCAAGACCCACUGUGCAGAAGGGAACAGAAACACCAUUUGGAGCUCUGGACUGCUGCCCCUAGUGGACACGCAGAGGUCCUCGUCCCCCUGGGUCCACGCCCCACAGGAUUCCAUCAGACCAGGCAGAAACGGCAGGGACCCAGGGGAAGAGGGUGGUGUGGGAAACAGCCAGUCUCUCUCCACAUCCCAAGUCUUGGCCACCAUCUUGCCACCUCUGGAAGCUUCUUCAGAAACCGCCCUGAGCCGUGCUUGCUCACGGGGUGUCCCCUAGCUUCUGCCUCAGUUACCUUACUUUGCCCAUGGGUCAACCACAGGCGCUACCUCAUUGUGUCUGCUCAGAAGUUUACCUGGGGGUGGGGGGAAGGAAGGUGUCCCAACCUGCUGGAGCUGAAUGUACGAUCUAUGCAAAUUAUUUCUCUGUGUGUCUCUCUCUCUCUGUCUCUCUGUCUCUCUCUCUCUCUCUCUCUCUCUCUCUCUCUCUCUCUCUCUUUCACUAACUUAGAAGUAUUAUUUUUUUUAACCUUGCAAACAAGAUACUGUAUAGGACCCUCUUAGACCCGAGGAGGGCCUUCCUGCCCCACCUGUGACGGCCCCUCCUGUGGUCUCUGGUUCUGUUCUUGCCAAGUCCCCCGCAGGGAGAAAGGGGCCUCUCCUCUCCCCACUUGGCUGGGAAUACUCCAACUGCCUCUGCCUAGGACACCACCGGGAAGCGGUCCUGCCCCUUGCCACCCACCCCGGAUGCCGUUUGGUCCUUUCKGCAUCCUCCUCCGACUUUUGCUCCUCCUGACCCCACAUCCUUGCAUCCAACCUCAUCCCCCACCCCCAAAAGCCUUAGGUUUCUCCUUUUUGAAAUGUGGCCUUAAAAUUCUUUUUGGAAAGCUCACCAUCCUCUCCCCCAGAGUUUCUACCACCCUCACAGGAGCAGGCACAUCACCAAGCUCUCCGGGCGGGCCUCCCUGGACGGGGCCCUCCAUUUGCAGUCUGCAGGUGCAAUAGAAAUGGCUCACGCCUGUCGUCUUUAAAGGGAAAAAUAAAAUGUCCUCAUGUUUUUCCUCUGGGCACAAUGAAGGCUCGGGUGCUCGUCUAAGCCUCAGCUGAUUCCCGAAGCCCUUCCGGGUCCCCGUGUUCCUGUAGGGGACUGGCUUGAUGACCGGCAGGGGCCUCCUGGCAUUUCCCCAACCCAGGACUGGGUGACUUUACGGACUUCACUCAAGGGUCCAUCAGGAGAGUUUCUCAAGUGAUCUCUUCAUCCUUCCUGCCUGGAAAGUGGUGGUAUUCAYUAGUCCCAGCGGAUGGGUCGCGUUCGCCAAGGGACCCUCCUCUCCCCACCUUCAGCCUCCACUCCCGACUCCCUCCGUCACAAGCGCUGACGGAGGCCAAAGACAAUCCCAGGGUUUUCAUAGGAAAUUCACUGGAAUUGAGUUCCAUUGUCUUUGUACUCUUUCUUGUCUCUUUCUUUUUUAAGAUAUUACGUUGUCAAUAGCAUUGAUUUGGGUACUUGUUUUAGAGGCCUCUCGAUAAGUUAUUACUGUCUCCCUCAUUGUUUUCAAAGACAUGUGGUGAUAUAGUUUUUAAAAAUAACUAUUUUGUUACAGAUCAUAAUAUGCAUAAGACUGUACAGAAAAAAAAUAUUUUGUAAUGUGUUGAUUUAAAAAAAAAAAGAGAGAGAAUCUGUAAAUAAAGUUUUAAAAAAAGAGAAUCCACUUGGCACAGGCUGAAAGAUGUAGAUAUUUUGCUAUUUAUUUAAAGGAGUAUUUUAAGAGAGAUGGAACUAUCUGAAAUUUGACCAAUAAUCAAAGUUCUAACCAUCCGAAUGCUUUUCCUCAAGGUAGAAUGUGAUUCUCAGAACCAAUUGCAUUACCUGCUCAUUUUUUUGCACCUUUUCUUUCUUUUUGUUUAGCAGAAAAACAACGAAAUUGUGCCUUAGCUGUAUUUUUCUUUUGUCUAGGGGAGUUUGUUUCUGUCUGACAAAGCAAAAUCUGUUGCAGAAAAGAGUGGAUGUAUUAAAUACUGUAUCAUACCAAAAACACUGCAGGUGUAUAUAGACGCUUUCUGUCAUACUGUGUUUUC